AACUCCCCCCAGUCUAUCGUGGACAGCCAUCGAGUGCAGUAACGGUUAUAAUCUUUAAGAAACUCUCCUAUUUUCACCCCAGUACAUCACCAAAGUAUAUCCCCAAGUACAUCUCCAUCAGAGAUAUAAGGAGGAUUUUUCCUUAUAAAGUUACUCAACAGUGUUUGAACAAAUUGUGUAUUAAACAUUCUAAGAAACUAUAACUAGUACAUCACCGGUUUAAUUGUUAAAUAUCUGUGUAAACCCUCGACUUUGGUGGCGCGUGGCCCCAAUAAACUUUUAUAGAAAAGUUAACAGUGAGUGUAAUUUUCACCCGGGUCAAUCCUUCCAGAUCCUUUACCUGAUUUCCACCGACAUCCACCCUAAAGAUUAGAAACUCCCCAAACAUUGGUCCUUCGAGCCGGAUAGACGGCGAACAAUUAAUUAUCAAGUGAACACUCCCCAAUAAUUUGUGAAGCGAAGUGAAAAAGCCUUACAAUGGCAAAUCAACAGUGAAAUUCCUCAAGUGAUCGGGAAGAUUCGAAAGUGUUCGAGCGUCUUCGCAGAGACCCAACACUUGGGCCGAAUAGUUCGCACAACAGGUGGCGAUCGCAGCGGCACGGUCGAUAACCAACCGACAUCAGACGUUCAACUGUCGGUAACUAAUCGAGAUUUAUCGACUAGUCGAUAACUGAGUACAUCAUCAUGAGCGACCUCAAUGAACCCACUGACAGCUCAACCCUCACGCCAAAGGAUAUUCAACAGGAGUCGUGCUCCUGGGCUGAUGCAUCGGAAGAAAUCAAAUUAACGGUGGUUGAUGAGUCCCUCAACGUAGAACCAACCCCGACAAGGUCAAUUAAAGUGAGACAUUCAGAAAUACGAGCCUCCGAUCAGGACAUCACCGCACCUCAACGCAGCAAACUUCGGUUGCUGAAGUACAAGGCUCAAGUUAUCAGAGAGGUUUAUCGGGGGAACUGUCUCGUAUACACGAGACGCAGGCCCCGUAUACCAUCGAGGAAUUGGAAAGCCAGCGGGAUAUUGUUGAGUCUGAGUGGGCAGAACUCAACAAAAUUAACGAUCAGUUAAUUGAUUCUCUGCCCGAAGAUCACGAGCAUCAUCAGGGCAAGGAUUACGACGAGGCAUCCCGCUAUAAACGAGGUUGUUUAACCUUAAUGGGACAAAUUAGAGGCCAGAUCAUCAACAUUAGGGAUGCAGCCAGAGCUCAAGAUUCAACGUACGCCCAUCAACUAGGGACUCUGAAAAUUAAACCUUUUGACGGAAAGAGAGAGGAGUGGAGGGACUUCAGUGAGUCAUUCCUGACGAUGGUAGGGAAUGAUGACACCAUCCCCCCAGUAAAGAAACUCAUGUGGCUGAAGACGUUCCUGAAAGGACUACCAGCCGAGCUCCUCGCUACAUUUAACACGCAGCCAGCAAGCUACGAGAAGGCGUGGCAGAAACUAGUCAGGAGAUACGAGGAUCCCAGGUUAGUGGCUCAGACAUUAUUCAACAAGGUAUUAGAUUUACAGCAGAUCAACAAGCCCACUGCCGAAAGCCUCGGAUCCAGAGCCUCAGCAGUGGUCGAGACCCUCGACCAACUGAAGGAUGUGCCAGGACUCGCCUCAGAGAAUAUCACUGAGCAACGCUUCGCCCACAUACUGAGAAGAUCACUGGAUGUGGACACGCUCAAACAGUGGGAAGUCAAGUUGGGAACUUCCAAGGAUUUUCCAGGUCUACAGGAGUUUGUAGACUUCCUUGAGACUUAUGGGAGAGCUCUCCACGCAGGGGCCAGUCUCAAGGAAUAUCAUGAGAGUGGUCCAGCAAAUAAGAAGCUCAUCACAAAAUUAAAAAGUGGAUACACAGUCACUCAACAGCAGGACAUCCAUUCAACAGAGAAGCUACUCCCCAAGACGAACUGUGCGUACUGUAAGGACAGGCACUUCAUCGCAGCUUGUCCAUUGUUUAAGACACUCAUCCCACUGAAGAGGAACGAGUUCGUCGUUAACAAGGAGCUGUGCUUCAGGUGUUUGGGUCCCCAUCAAAAGCCAAAGUGCAAGUCAACCAAAACGUGUCACGAGUGCAAUCGAGACCACCACACACUCAUCCACAACGGGAGCUCGUGGACAACGGCGCCAUCGAUUGGAGGGGGAUUCCGAGCAACGGAGACAGCAGAUGAAAGACCAAAGCCAGGCACGUCAACUAGAUUCAGUACAUCAUCAGCAUCAUCAGAGAUCAUCAAUCAGAGGAUCAAUGAGAGGUCAACAGAAAUCUACACAGUACAUCAUCCAGAAGAAGACCAACAAGCGGUAUUACUCGCCACCGCAAGACUAAGAGCACAUUCACCUAGAGGAUUCAUGGUGAAAGCAAGAGCGCUAAUUGAUCAAGGAUCAGAGCUAUCCUUCAUCACUGAUCAAUUAGCACAUCAACUGCAACUCAAGAGAAGGCCAUCAUCAACAGAAUUAAUAGGAAGUGGCGGACUCAAUUCAGGCAUCACUCAGGGCGCAGUGACUGUCAUUCUUCAAUCAACUCAGGGGCAGAGGCACAUCACAAUCAGCGCCCACAUAUUGAAGAAAUUGACGACUACACUGCCAUCAUUCUCAUGUACACUAGUGGACAUCGGCUCAUUAGAGAAUCUUCACCUAGCCGAUCCUCAAUAUCUCAGACCUGGACCGACCGACAUCAUCAUAGGAGCAGAUUAUUAUGGGCAGAUUAUCGAGAGUCAAAUCAUCAAGUCUAGACGAACAGCAGUAGUUGGCCAACGCACAGCAUUUGGUUGGAUAUUAUCAGGACCAGUCAAAUGCACAAGUUGUUCAACGAAGAUUUCUUUAUCUGCAGUAAAGGAAUCCACCAAUGAACAACUACUAGAGCUUCUCCAGAAAUUUUGGGUUCAGGAAGAAUUGCCAAUUCAUCAUCAACAUUCAGAGCUGUCAAUAGAGGAACUCGAGUGCGAGAAGCACUUUCAAGAAACCCAUCGCAGAGACGAAUCCGGACGCUACAUAGUGAGACUUCCAUUGAGGACGUCAUCAUCAGCGCUCGGCAAUUAAAAAAAAAAGGC